AUGAGUAUAGAAAGUAACCAUUCGGUUGUUGAGAGCGCAAGGCAGAGACCAAGAAAGAGGUUUUCACGUCUCUUCAGACGACGCUCAGUGCCCUCUUCGCCGCGGACCUCAAAACUCAAACUCAGGGAUGUUCUGGUGCCAUACCAGCUGGGAAAUUUGGAGGUGGACAGUAGCUACCAAGAGUUCAUGUCACAGGUUUCAAAGGAGUCGAAAUACUCACAAAUUGUGCGACUGGCCGAACGGCAGUUGCCAAUUAUUUCAACCCGCUCUUCUUCCAAUUUUGCUGAUCAGGAACCAAGAGAGUAUUCAGCGUCGCUCAUCUCAUUCGGAUCAAGUGUCCACAUAGAAGAGGCUGUCCCAGUCACGGCCAUAUCACCAAGUCCAGUGCGGCCCCUCAAAAGUGAUCCUUCAUUACCUGCCCCUUCUCCGAAAGAAGAUGCUUCCAUCGGCACCGAAAACAAUUCCCCCGUGCCACAAAAAUUUAUCCUUGUGGAUCAGCCCGAUUGCGAAGGAUCCCCAAAAAUCCCACAUAAGCAAAACGACGCGCAAAACCCUUUUUCGUUUGAAAACCAGUCCUUUUCCGUGUCGCCUGACAGAUUAUCGUUAAGGGAUCAAACAGGAGACAUACUCGAUCUGUACCAGAACUACGCAGCUAGCGAGAUGGGAGCCAACGCAUCGAGAGAGUCAGUCGACGGAAACUCCGAGAUAGAAACUAGUACAAAUAGCCUUAAACAAGAGCCCGGCACUGCUGGCGUUCCCGCAACACCCCAAUCACUUCACCGCGAUAUCUCUUCCAGCAGCUACCCCGUGAGCAGUUUUGCCACACCGCGUCUGGACGAGGACAACGAAUGUUUUAUUGACUGGAGUGACUCCGAUGGGCCAGAACGACGCGACUCCGGAAAACGGAUCGUCGAGACGUUCCGAAGCCUGUCGAUAUCGAAGCGGUCGAAAAAUAGUCCUCGCUCUAAGCGAGAAUCCAUAGUGAGCUCCUCCAUAUCGAGUCCACUACUUGUUUCAUCAGCUACCGAGUUACCCGAGAAACUGGUUUUGCGGUCACCAUUCCGAAGCCAUUCCGAGCAGCUGCCAACAUCGUCACGUUGGUCGGUAAACCCGCUGGAGGAGCCACAGCUUACUUCUCCCAGACCACCAAGCCGUCGUCAGUCUGCAAGUAUCCGUAUGGAUACAACAAAGCCCACUAGGGCCCAACCCAAUUUCAAAUACUACUACAUGUAG